AUGGAUUGGGGGAAUCUAAUGUUCUACAACUGGCUUGUCGCAACAACGGGGCCAUUUUACGCCAAGUUCACUCAUCUGGUGCUAAAGAAGCACAUCCUUCGAGGUCGAAGAAUGUACUACAUCCAUGAACUUCAUGCAAAAUAUGGCCCAGUAGUACGCGUGACACCUGAUGAAAUCGACAUCGCCGACCCUGCGGCCUUCAAGGAGAUUCACCGUAUUGGCGGUGGGUAUUUGAAAACCGACUGGUAUGAGUCUUUUCGCAAAGGAGAUUGCCACGAUGUAUUCUCCAUGACAGAUCCCAAAGAGCACGCCCGACGAAGAAAGCUGUUUGCGCCGCUCUUCAGCAACUCAGCGCUGAUGAAAAACUGGUACCCCGUCAUUAGGGAUAAGGUAGCGGUGGCAAUUCGCAAGAUCAAGCAGGACGCAGCUCAAACAGGCGAUGCUGACAUCUUUAAAUGGUGGACAUUCAUGUCUGCGGAUGUCAUCUCACAUCUCUCAUUUGGGGAGCCGCUCGGAAUGCUUGAUCAUGAGAAGAAAACCGAGAGCAUGCAAAAGAUUGAGGAUGCCACCAAGUUCGGGUUGGUUUCAUCUGAGCUACCGCUACUAUGCUCCAUCCUUAGAUGGAUCCCAAUCGAUGUGGUACAGAACUUGAUCAAUGCCGACGAUGAAGUCCAGAAGCACGCAGAGGAGACAAUGAAGCACGUUCGCAACAGUGGCAUAGGCGCAGCCAACAUAUUCUCGAGGCUAGUUGCCGAAAGCGAAAAGGACAGUGAGGCGCUGACUGAUUACCAAUUGGCGUUUGAGGCCGGAGGCUUCAUCGUGGCCGGCUCCGGGACUACUGCCGUAACACUGACCUACCUAGUCUGGGCCGUCCUCUCAAACCCCGAUAUUCAGGCCAAGAUAGAAGCAGAGGUCGCAGCAUUGCAACCCGAUUAUACAGAUGCCGAUCUUGAAACUCUUCCCUAUCUAUCUGCCUUGAUUCAGGAAACUCUUCGUUUGUACUCUGCUGCACCGGGAGCAAUUCCUCGAAGGGUGCCCAAGGGGGGUGCAACGCUGGCGGGCUAUUUCAUACCUGAAGGUAUCACAGUCAGCACUCAAGCCUAUACGUUUCAUCGGGACAGUAAUAUAUAUCCUGAGCCAGAGAAAUUUAUGCCCGAGAGGUUCAUCUCGCCCACAGGGGAAUACAGAUCGCCUGAAGGCGUAUUUGCAGCAUUUGGUGCGGGCUCUCGUACUUGCUUGGGGGUUCAUCUAGCACUUAUAGAGCUCCGACAUGGCGUUGCGGUUUUCUUCCGCGAAUGCAAGGGCGCCCAGCUGUCCACUCGAACAACGCCUGAAUCUAUGGAAAUGGUUAACUAUUUCCUCGUCAGCCCAAAGGCAGAGCAAUGUUGGAUUAAGCUUCAUUAA